GUUCCUUUCCUACCCUCUUCUUUUCCCUCUCCAAAAAUCCCCAUCUUCCUCUUUUCCACCCGCCACCUCCUUUUCUUCUUCUCUCUCCUAUUCUUCAAAUUACUUCCCCAGAAAUCUCCCAUCAGAAGGAAAAUGCAUAGAUCAUCGAGCAACACGAGAGUAGCAGAUGAAUAUUACAGGAAUUCAUCUUCCUUCUUCUCUUCUCCUUCAAUCGACGGUGACAUCAGUGGCAACGGAAACGGAAACGGGAAUGGAAAUGGUGGAAAUCUGCCAACGUAUAACCCAGGAUCUCACCCUGCUAAGAAGGAGAAAUCUCGACUUAGAUCCGCUGAAAAUGCUAUUCAUCUUAUCCCCCUUGUUCUUGUUCUGUGUGCCGUCAUCCUCUGGUUUUUCUCCAAUCCUGUUGAAGUUGUGAGUAACAAGCCUGGUUCAGUUGCUGCGAGGAUUGAAGGUUUGCAGGUUGCUGGGGCGGUAGGCAUUGACGGCACUCAGAGCACCGUGCAUUUGGAGCUUGAAGAACAUGAUUUGUUGCACCGUCAUCAGCACCAGCACAAUACAAUUGAUAGGAAACGUUCAAUGUGAAUGAAUGCAGUCAGUUAAAACUGUUGCGUUCUUCUCAAUUGCAGCAAUGAAUCGUGACCUGCUUAAGCUAUGUUUGAUUGAGGCAAGUUCCCAUCCUUUUGAAUUUCUUCAUUGGAACUUGGAAGGAUAGUGAGAAUGUAGUAGAAUCAGCUACUGAUAGACGAAUUAGUUCUUAUGAUCAGCUAGUCUUUCUGAUAUAGUAGCUGAAAUUAUAGGUUGUAUACAUAUAUAGAGCCAUAGAGGUGGAUAUUAACUGUAUAAAUUUGUGGCAAAGACAGCUUAAUAGCUUAUUACAACUUUUUAAGGACAGCUUAAUAGCUUUUUAUUACCAACUCUUUAAAGACAGCUUUAUAGCUUAGUAUUACAACUUUUUAGAGA